CAUGUUUACAUUAUCACCAUGAAUAUCUUUCAAAACAAAUUUAUAUAAUGGAGAAUCGUCGGUGAAAGUGUGUCUCAAGGAAACUAUGAGAAGAAUGAAAACAGAAGAAAUCUUUGAUUUGCAAUGUCUCAUUUUAAAUUUGAAUUGGAAAUCAAUGAUAUAAUUCGCAUGGACAGUGCAAUAAAAAAUGGACCAAAACCGCGAUGGCAGCGCAAAACUGAAGACGAAUUUUGUGAACAAUCAGCAAAAGCAUUGACACCAAAUAGAUUCGUCAACCGAAGCACCAAUAAAACACCUUCACGAACGCCAAAUAAGAAAACGCCAGGCAAACAAAAAACUCCCAAAACGCCUUCUGGUGAUCGUUUUAUACCGAAUAGAACUUCGAUGGACAUGGAUUCAUCUUACUUUAAAAUGAUGAGCAAAAACGAAAGGGAACAAGAGAAUGAAGGUUGUGUUUCAAAAGAUGAAUACAGAAAGAUCAUGAGCGAAAACUUGAGUUCGAAAGAAUUGAAUGCCAAAGUAUUGACCCUUUCCAAGAAAGCACCAACUCCAAGAGAGGGCUAUUUAAAUGACUUGAGGGUUUUAUACUGUCAAAGUAAAACUCCAGGAACAUCUACAAAAAAGAAUUCAAGAUAUAUCCCUUCUGCUCCGGAAAGAAUCCUUGAUGCUCCUGACCUCAUUGAUGAUUAUUAUUUGAAUUUACUGGACUGGAGUUGCAAUGAUUAUUUGGCAGUUGCUCUUGGUGGUUUUGUAUAUCUUUGGCAUGCCAGCUCUGGCAGUAUUGAACAACUUUGUCAAAUGGAUUCAUCUCAGUCUUAUGUUGGUUCUGUGUCAUGGAUCAAUGAAGGCAAUUAUCUGGCAAUAGGAGAUAGUGAUGGUGCUGUACAGCUUUGGGAUGUUGAGCAUAAAAAACGUGUGCGAAAAAUGACGGGACAUGCCGCUCGAGUUGGGUCAUUAUCAUGGAAUUCGUUUAUAUUAUCUAGCGGAAGUCGCAGUGGUUCGAUUCACCACCAUGACGUCAGAGUUGCUGAUCAUCAGGUGGCUACAUUAAAUUGUCACUCACAGGAAGUGUGUGGGCUCAAAUGGUCACGUGAUGGCAAGUAUUUGGCCAGUGGAGGAAAUGAUAAUCUUCUUUUAAUUUGGGACACAAAUGUCAAUUCAAGUGGUGAUAUGAGUUCACCAUUAUUCACCUUGACCCAUCAUCAGGCAGCUGUCAAGGCUUUAGAUUGGUGUCCAUUUCAACGCAAUGUUAUUGCGAGUGGAGGCGGCACAGCUGACAGACACAUAAGAUUUUGGAACGCUGCUACUGGUGUUUGUCUAAACGCUAUCGAUACCAAAUCACAGGUUUGUUCAAUUUUAUGGUCAAAUCAUUCUAAAGAACUAAUAUCUAGCCAUGGAUACGCACAUAAUCAGCUUACAAUCUGGAAAUAUCCGAGUAUGUCUAAAGUCACUGAAUUAACUGGUCAUUCAUGUCGUGUCCUGCAUAUGGUACUCAGUCCCGAUGGUCAAACGGUCAUUUCCGGAUCUGCAGACGAAACCUUGCGUCUAUGGAAGUGUUUUGCUAUUGAUCCAGUUUCAAAGAAAAAACAGCAAAAUGCUAAAAAAUGUUCGAAAUCUAUCAUAAAACAAUCUAUACGUUGAAUUUUUACAAUGUUUGACAUUUGGACGUUUUUAUACGAAUUAAAAUGUAUAAUAUAGUGUAUGCGAUGAAGAAUAGUCGCCAAGCGGUAAAAGAUUCAUUGUAAUAUUAUUGUUUUAAAAAGAACAUGCAAUCUUACUCUUGGAUCUUUGACAAAUUUUAAAUAUUCUUGUGCAUAACCUGUGGGUGCGAUUUUUUAUGGGCGGGAUGAACAUUUGUUUUUAAUGAUGUAAAAGGUUUUUGAUAUCUCUAUAAAAGUAAACAAAAUA